AUGCCCAUCGUCGACAAGCUGAAGGAAGCCCUGAAGCCCGGCCGCAAAGACUCGGCCGGCGAUGGCGAGCUGGGGAGGCUGCUGGCCGCCUCCGCCAAGAAGGUGCUGCUGCAGAAGAUCGAGUUUGAGCCGGCCAGCCGGAGCGUCUCCUUCCAGCUGCAGGCCCUGCGGAGCAAAUACGUGCUGCUGAGCCCCCGGCCGGAGGGCGCCGGCCGCCCCCACGGGGAGGGGCCGCCUGCCCGGAGACAGGGCAGCCAGCGCCUGUACGAGAGCAGCGGCGACGGCGUCCCCGCCCCGCAGAAGGUGCUGUUCCCCGCGGAGCGGCUGUCUCUGAAGUGGGAGCGCGUCUACCGCGUGGGCGCCGGGCUCCACAACCUGGGCAACACGUGCUUCCUGAACUCCACCGUUCAGUGCCUGACCUACACGCCGCCCCUGGCCAACUACCUGCUCUCCCGGGAGCACACGCGCAGCUGUCCGCAGGGCAGCUUCUGCAUGCUGUGCGUCAUGCAGAACCACCUCGUGCAGGCCUUCGCCAACAGCGGCAACGCCAUCAAGCCCGUGUCCUUCAUCCGGGACCUGAGAAAGAUCGCCCGGCAUUUCCGCUUCGGGAACCAGGAGGACGCACAUGAGUUCCUGCGGUACACCAUCGACGCCAUGCAGAAGGCCUGCCUGAACGGCUACGCCAAGUUGGACCGCCAGACGCAGGCCACCACUUUGGUCCACCAGAUCUUCGGAGGCUGCCUCAGGUCGCGCGUGAAGUGCUCGGUGUGCAAGAGCGUCUCGGACACCUACGACCCCUUCCUGGACGUGGCGCUGGAGAUCCGGCAGGCGGCCGACAUCGUGCGCGCGCUCCAGCUCUUCGUGAAGCCGGACGGCCUGAGCGGGGAGAACGCCUACAUGUGCGCCAGGUGCAAGAAGAAGGUGCCCGCCAGCAAGCGCUUCACCAUCCACAGGGCAUCCAACGUCCUGACGCUUUCCCUCAAGCGCUUUGCCAACUUCAGUGGGGGCAAGAUCACCAAGGACGUGGGCUACCCCGAGUUCCUGAACAUCCGCCCCUACAUGUCGCAGAGCAGCGGCGAGCCCGUGGUGUACGGGCUGUACGCCGUGCUGGUGCACUCGGGCUACAGCUGCCACGCCGGGCACUACUACUGCUACGUGAAGGCAAGCAGCGGGCAGUGGUACCAGAUGAAUGAUUCCCUGGUCCAUUCCAGCAACAUCCAGGUGGUUCUGAACCAGCAGGCCUACGUGCUGUUCUACCUGCGGAUUCCAGGCUCCAAGAAGAGUCCCGAGGGCACCAUCGCCAGGGCCGGCUCCGCCCUCUCCAGCCGCCCCGGCGGGGCUCUGGACCACGGCAGGAAGAGCGUCAGCAACGGGGCCCUCUCGUCCCUGCUGCCCGGAAAGAGGCCGGACCCCGUGGCCAUGAGGAAGCUGCAGGCCCCUGAGGAGACGGGUGUGCCCGUGCCCAGGAACGGCUUCCUGUCGGGCCUGAAGACUCAGAAUGGACACACUCCUCCCAAGCUGCCCUUGGGGUCCCCUGCCCCCCGACUCUCCAAAGCACCCACCCCCCUGCCGACCCUCCUGGAUGCGCCCGGAAAGAAAGUCAAGAAGCCGGCCCCCCCGCAGCCCCUCGCCCCGCCCCUCAAGACUUCUCCGGGGCCCCACCGUGCCAGCGGUAGGGGCGCUGGCCUCUCUACCUCACCCAAGCUUGUGCCUGCAGCGACUGCCAAUGGGCACGGGCCUGCGGGCAGUGCCCCGGACAGGGCAGUCUCCAGCAGUUCCAGCCCCGAGCACUCCGGGAGCAGCGACCCCGCCCAGGGCCCCCCCACCCCCAGGAGCGGGGCCGCCCGCCUCGGUGACUCUCAGGGAAGGACCCCCACAGCCGGCUCGCCCAGGGCGCUGCUGAACGGUGAAGCCUCCCCGGUGGUGAAGCCGCGGCCCCCCGCCCUGAGCAGCGUGGCCACCGAGCCCGCGAACACCAUGUCUCCUCCGCCUGCCAAGAAGCUGGCCCUCUCAGCCAGGAAGGCCAGCCCCCUGCGGAGGGCCCCCGGCACUGACCGAGCGCCGCCCCUCCCGCCUCUCUCCGACCUCACCCACCCCCGGAAAGCCACUCACCCCGCCGCCUGCGCCCGGCCUGUGGGCGCCGCCAGGGCUGUGUCACCUACUCCCGGAUCAUCUGGCCUCCCAAAGCCCCCCCACGCCGCCACCCCGCCCAGCAGCCUCCCGAACUCCGCCUCCGCUCCCCUGCCUCAGGUCAACGGGGGCUUUCGCCCCCCCCCACACCAGCCAGAGGCCAGCGAGCCCCUCAGCCUUUGUAAGAAGAGGAAGCGGAAGCGCCUGGGUGAGGCCCUGAGGCCAGGCUCAGAGCCGGGGGAGGCCGAGGCCCCUCCUGGGAAGAGGAGGAGGAAGAAGAGGCGCCCCGAGGACACGGACAGCGCCCCCCUGCAGCAGGGGCAGGGGCAGCACUGCAGCCCCGGGCACAGGCAGGAGGGCAGCGUGGAGCGGCCAGCUUCCAGCCCGGAGGCAGAGGGCGGGCAGCAGCCAGUGAACGGCCGGGGCCUGGUGAAGGGCUGGCUGGUGGGAUGCAGGACGGACAGCCCCCACGUGAGCAAGAAGAGGAGGAAGGGAGUGGAUGGCCUUGGCGGAGAAGGAGAAGCCCGCCUCCGCCAGGACCCGCCUUGGCACAGGAGCUGCUCCCCCUCGGACGCUGAGCCAGAGGCCACGGCAGCAUCUCCAAGGAAAAAGAAGGAAAAGAGGAAGCCCGAGGCCCUGCGGGAAGGAGAAGGGAAGGAGCACCCCGAAGGCUGGAAGGGCCCUGCCGUCAGCGGCCAGGGUGCUGGGGACCUCGCAGGGCCGGAGCCGGCUCCUCGGCUCUCCUGCACGAGGGAGCGCGGUGCCAGCGUGGUCUGGGAGCUGCUGGAGUGCGCGGCGGAUAAGGCCUACGGGAGGAAAGUUCUGACGUGGGGUGGCGAGGUGUCGGCUGUCAGCCGGGACGCCAUACACGACAGCAGGCUGGCGCGCGCCUCCUCGGUGAUCGACGACUGGGAUGAAGAGUUUGACCGCGGGAAGGAAAAGAAAAUUAAAAAGUUCAAGAGAGAAAGGAAAAGAAACUUCAAUGCCUUCCAGAAACUUCAGAACAGACGGAACUUUUGGUCUGUGACUCAUCCAGCCAAGGCCACCAGCCUCAGCUACCGCCGCUGA